UCUGUCGACGAUCUGCGUGCGUGCGUGCGUAUGACCGAUGGCGAGUCGGCUUAAGGAGAUAGUGAAGAAGUACGGGAAAGUAGCGCUGGGGGUUCAUUUCUCCGUCUCCGGCGUUUCGAUCAGUGGAUUCUACAUAGCCAUCAAGAACAACGUCGAUGUGGAGUCGCUCGUGGACAAGUACCAGAUCCCAUGGUUCUCAAAAACCCCUAACCCUAGCCUCGAUCUAAAUCAGGAGGAUGAUCAAGUCUUGGCUACCACGGACGACAAGACGAAACAGCUGGCGAAAUCUGCGGGAGGAGCCUUAGCUCUGGCCGUUCUGUGCAACAAGGCGCUUUUUCCGAUCAGGGUUCCCAUCACGAUGGCACUGACACCUCCGAUUGCUAGAUUCCUCAGACAGAGAAAAAUCCUCAAAACCGGCGGAUGAUUUUUUGCUUUUCCUCUACAUACAACAUGUAUGUUUAAUCUAUUAUAUGUUGUUUUUGUUGGAAUGUUAUUGCGAGAAAUUCAGGGAUAUUUUGUUGAUUGAUAUGAAUAAAAAGUCUUCCAUGAAA